AUGAACAUGGAUCCACUCCCCGCAUCCCUUCGGGCUUGGCGCGAUCACAAACCAUAUAAUAAUCCUGAAUGGUACAAGCCCUGGGAACAACUCCGGCCCUUCUUCCUUGAACGUGGCUAUGAACUCUUUCGUCCGAGGUCUGGAGGCGAGCUCAGUAUCCCCUACGGCACUCCCUCUCCUGCAUUGGACUCCUUUGGGCUCUAUGGUGAUCGGGGGAAUAAAUUUUACAGUGGUAUGGGACGCUACCCUCUGGCUUUUGCAGCUCGAGAUAGGAAAAAUAGAGAUGUAGUCAUCAAGCUCGUUGCACAUGGCGAUGAGGGGCUCAACGAACUCAAAAUCCUACAUCUCCUCAAUUCAGAACCACUUAGAUCGGAUCCUGCCAAUUCGACUGUUCAGGUUCUUGAAUUCCUGAGUUUUAGUGAUUGGCAGUUUGUAGUGAUGCCGUUCUACGAUGGAUGUGAUGAAUCGCCUUUCUUGAGGGCGUCGGAAUGUCUGGACUUUGCAGAACAAGUACUGUCAGAUAUUACCCAUGAAAAUAUUGUGAUGAAUCAUCAUGGGAAGGUCCCAGGGGACCCAUUCAACAACAUUUGGCCCCCUCCUGAAUUUCGCUCAACCUUUCCUGUGCGAUAUUAUCUCAUGGAUUUUGGAUGUUCCGUCCACCUCCCACCCAGCUUGCCCCCCCGGGAUCGCCUGAUCGAACCGUUCAAGAUCGCGCGAGAACAAUGCCCUGGGGAAAUGACUUGUGCAGGAUCGGUUGAAAGUGUUGAAGUCGCAGACACCCUCUCAGGUGCUGUCGCAGGUCAAAGAGACCGAGCUAUAUGUUAUCUCUACUGGACGAUUGAUGUUCGCCUGUCGGUUUGUGUGGGCAAGCUUUCAAAAGUGUAUCUUAUCUGUUCUUACACUCCACGAGGCUCAGCAAGGGCUCCACGAAAAUGGCUUGAGAAUUUGCCCUACCUACUUUGCUUUGCGGUCAUCGAGAUAUCAUUGCAUGAUCUGGCCGACGCGCGUCAAGUCAUGAUUCUCGAAACUGUUGCUCAGCUCCUCUCAGCUCCCGUAUACGGUUCAACUAAGGGACACGUUCUCAAACGCUUCGUAAACUUGCACGUUGCUCUAGAUCCGGGUGGUCCGGGAUGGGGCGUUCAAACCAUUUUUACAGCGGUCAGUGCCGGAUUUAUUGUUACUGAGUUGUGUUUGAGUGACUUCAACGGAAGCAAGACGGAAGCUUUCCAGGAGGACUGUUGGUUCACCGCAGGGCUGAAGAAUCGGCAGGCCGUUGUAUCCCUGGCACGAAUGAAAUUUGAAUCGUGCGGGCUGUUAAGCAUGUUAAGUCUCGAGAAAACGGUGAACGGCGCCCCAAAGGAUGGAGAGUUGAUGUCACCGGAGCUUCUGGAUCUUGCCCGGUCACCGGUCACCUCUACAUGGGUAGCAUCAUCUUUCUACAGGAUGGUGUGA